UAUAAAAGGCUUGGAUCCCAGUAGCCCAGUACACUUGCCAGCGGUGUCAGUGAGCACUCGACUUCUUCCUCUGGUGGAGUGGGUUUAAUCUUGAAAGAAACAAAAGAAAAAAAAUGUCUCCACUUCUGAGAAGCGUCUUGGAUAUCACCGAAACUUUCAACCAGUAUGCCUCACAUGAUUGUGAUGGGGCAGCAUUAAGCAAGAAAGACCUGAAAAACCUUCUUGAAAGAGAAUUUGGAGAUGUUCUUCAGAGGCCACAUGACCCAGAGACAGUAGACCUGACCCUGGAACUUCUGGAUCGCGACUGUAACGGGGUUGUCGAUUUCAACGAAUUCCUCCUGUUCAUUUUCAAGAUGGCUCAAGCUUGUUACUACGCUCUCAGCCAGGCCUCUGGGCUCGAAGAGCAGGGAGCCAAGCUUGAGGGGAAGAGGAGCCCUUCAGAAGAUCGCAGAAGGGAAGAUCAAAGGAGGUUCGAGUCCCAGGACAGACAGCUGGAGGAAGAAAGCAGGCGGAAGAGGCAGGAACGGGAGAGAGAGCUCGCUGAGGACGAGGAACUGAGGGAGGACCGCCAGCGGUGGCGAAGGCGCGAACCCGAAGAGCUUGUGGAGGAGGAAGCGCGGCUGCAGGGGCGCAAAGGGCAGGAACCGAGACUUGAAGACCAAGAGCGGCAGGUGCAGCGGCCAAGGCGCGAGCAGAGGGAACGCCAGGAGGAGAGGCAGGAGCUGCAGCGACAGGAGAGGCGGGCGCGCCUGGAAGACGGGGUGCGCCGGCCCAGAGAGCUCCAGGAGCGGGAGGAGGUGCGCGAGCCUGAACUGAGGCGCCAGGAGGAGAGGCGCGAACAGGAGCUCAAGACCAAGGUGAAGAGGCGCGAACAAGAACCCAGUUUGGAGCAGGAGGAGAGCCAGGAACUGGAGCUGAGGCGCCAGAAGAAACGCGAGCAGGAAGCGCGCCUGGAGCUGGAGGAGAGGCGUGAACAGGAGCUGAGGCGCCAGGAGGAGAGGCGCGAAAGGGAAGCGCGCCUGGAACAGGAGGAGAGGCGCGAACAGGAGCUGAGGCGCCAGGAGGAAAGACGCGAACGGGAAGCGCGCCUGGAGCAGGAGGAGAGGCGCGAACAGGAGCUGAGGCGCCAGGAGGAAAGACGCGAACGGGAAGCGCGCCUGGAGCAGGAGGAGAGGCGCGAACAGGAGCUGAGGCGCCAGGAGGAAAGACGCGAACGGGAAGCGCGCCUGGAGCAGGAGGAGAGGCGCGAACAGGAGCUGAGGCGCCAAGAGGAGAGGCGCAAACGGGAAGCGCGCCUGGAGCUGGAGGAGAGGCGCGAACAAGAGCUGAGGCGCCAGGAGGAAAGACGCGAACGGGAAGCGCGCCUGGAGCAGGAGGAGAGGCGCGAACAGGAGCUGAGGCGCCAGGAGGAAAGACGCGAACGGGAAGCGCGCCUGGAGCAGGAGGAGAGGCGCGAACAGGAGCUGAGGCGCCAGGAGGAAAGACGCGAACGGGAAGCGCGCCUGGAGCAGGAGGAGAGGCGCGAACAGGAGCUCAAGACCAAGGCGAAGAGGCGCGAGCAGGAAGCGCGCCUGGAGCAGGAGGAGAGGCUCAAACGGGAAGCGCGCCUGGAGCAGGAGAGGCGCGAACAGGAGCUGAGGCGCCAAGAGGAGAGACGCGAACGCGAAGCGCGCCUGGAGCUGGAGGAGAGGCGCGAACAGGAGCUGAGGCGCCAAGAGGAGAGACGCGAACGGGAAGCGCGCCUGGAGCAGGAGGAGAGGCGCGAACAGGAGCUGAGGCGCCAAGAGGAGAGGCGCAAACGGGAAGCGCGCCUGGAGCUGGAGGAGAGGCGCGAACAAGAGCUGAGGCGCCAGGAGAGGCGCGAACGGGAAGCGCGCCUGGAGCAGGAGGAGAGGCGUGAAGAGCAGCUCAGGCUCCAGGAGCAAGUAAGGCAAGAAGAGGACCUGAGGCGCAAGGAAAAGAGGCGGGAGCAGGAAGCGCGCCUGGAGCAGGAGAGGCGCGAGCAGGAGAGCCAGGAACUGCAGCUGAGGCGCCAGAAGAGACGCGAGCAGGAAGCGCUCCUGGAACAGGAGAGGCAUGAGCCAGAGCUCAGGCGCCAGCAGGAAGAGAGGCGCGAACAGGAGCUGAGGCGCUGGGAGGAGAGGCGCGAGCAGGAGGCGCGCCUGGAGCAGGAGCUGAGGCGAGAACAGCAAGAGAGGCGCGAGCAGGAGGCGCGCCUAGAGCAGGAAGAGAGGCGAGAACAGCAAAAGAGGCGCGAGCAGGAGGCGCGCCUGGAGCAGGAAGAGAGGCGAGAACAGCAAGAGAGGCGCGAGCAGGAGGCGCGCCUGGAGCAGGAGCUGAGGCGAGAACAGCAAGAGAGGCGCGAGCAGGAGGCGCGCCUAGAGCAGGAAGAGAGGCGAGAACAGCAAGAGAGGCGCGAGCAGGAGGCGCGCCUGGAGCAGGAGCUGAGGCGGGAGCGAGAGAACAGGCGCGUGGUGAGGCGCGAGCAACAGCUGGCUGAGGAGGAGGAGCAGGCGCACACACCCUCCCAAAGUUGGCAGUGGCAGCUGGAAAGCGAGGUCGAAGCACGGCAGAGCAAAGUCUACUCCAGGCCCCGCAGGCAAGAGGAGCUGAGGCUGCAGGAAGAGCGCGAAGAGCAGCGGCAGCGGGAGGAGCAGAGGCAGCAGCUGCGGGAGCCGGAGGAGCAGAGCGCGCGCCUGCAGGAGGAGGAAGCGCAGCGGCGCGACUUGCAGUGGCGGCUGGAGGACGAGAGCGAGAGGCGCCUCCAGCGGCUGUCCGCCAGACCCGCGGACCAGCAGCGGGAGCGGCAGCUGAGGGCGGAGGAGCGCCGGGAGCAUGAGGAGGAGGCACGUCGCCAACUGCGAGAGCAGGAGCAGCGGUUCCUGCAAGAGGAGGAGGAAGAGGAGCAGCCAAGCUCCCAGCGGCGGGAGCGUGCCCAGCAGCGCCUGGAGGAGGAGCGCCCGGGCCAGAAGUGGAGGAGCCUGGAGGAGGAGAGUCGGAGGCGCAGCCCUGCGCUGUUCUCCAGGCCCGCCCCGCGGCGGGAGCAGCUGAAGAGCGAGGAGGAGCUGCUGCUUAGAGAGGAGAGGCGCCAGGAGCUCCAGAGGAGGGAUCUGGAAGAGGAGCUCUCGCUGAAGAGGGAGCAGCGCAGGAGGCCGUCUCGGGAGGAGGAGCUGCUGCAGAGAGAGGAGAGGCGCCAGGAGCGUGGCCGGCAGCUCUGGGAGGAGCAGCCGCUGCUGCAGGAGGAGCUGCAGCGCCGGGACCGCCAGAGGCAAUUCCGGGAGGAGGCACAGAGCCACGACCUGAAGUGGCAGUGGCAACCGGAAAAGGAAAGUGAGGCCCGCAGGAGCAGGCUCUACUCCCAACUCCCAGAGGAGGAAGAAGAGGGCAGACAACCCCAGGGUCUCCGGGAGCGCGAGAGCCGACGCCAACGGGACGAGCUGGGGGUGAGAGAGAGGAGCAGGCAGAAGCGAGACAGGGAGCUGCAAGAGGAAGAGCAGCUGCUGAAGGAGGAAGACAGAAAGUUCCGCGAGCAGGAGCAGCACCUGCGCCGCCUGGAACGCGAGCAACAGCUGCGCCGGGAGCGCGACAGAAAGCUCCGCCAGGAAGAGCAGCUGCAGCGUCGGGAGAGUGACAGAAAGUUUGAGGAGGAGGAGGAGGAGCAGCUCCGUCAGGAACGUGAAGACCAGCAGCUACGCCGGGAACGUGAUAGAAAUUUCCGCGAGGAGCAGCAGCAGCUGCGCCGCCAGGAGCGCGACAGCAAGUUUGAAGAGGAGGAGCAACUCCUUCGGGAACGGGAGGAGCGGCAACUGAGGCGCCAAGAACGUGACAGAAAGUUUGAGGCGGAGGAGGAGCAGCAGCUGCGCCGCCAGGAGCGCGAGCAACAGCUGCGCCGGGAACGUGACAGAAAGUUUGAGGAGGAACAGCAGCUGCGCCGCCAGGAGCGCGAGCAACAACUGCGACGGGAACCUGACAGAAAGUUUGAGGAGCAGCAGCUCCGACGGGAACAGGAGGAACAGCAGCUGCGCCGCCAGGAGCGCGAGCAACAACUGCGACGGGAACCUGACAGAAAGUUUGAGGAGCAGCAGCUCCGACGGGAACAGGAGGAGCAGCAGCUGCGCCGCCAGGAGCGCGAGCAACAACUGCGCCGGGAACGUGACAGAAAGUUUGAGGAGCAGCAGCUCCGACGGGAACAGGAGGAGCAGCAGCUGCGCCGCCAGGAGCGCGAGCAACAACUGCGCCGGGAACGUGACAGAAAGUUUGAAGAGGAACAGCAGCUGCGGCGUCAGGAGGGCGAGCAACAACUGCGACAGGAACCUGACAGAAAGUUUGAGGAGCAGCAGCUCCGACGGGAACAGGAGGAGCAGCAGCUGCGCCGCCAGGAGCGCGAGCAACAACUGCGCCGGGAACGUGACAGAAAGUUUGAGGAGCAGCAGCUCCGACGGGAACAGGAGGAGCAGCAGCUGCGCCGCCAGGAGCGCGAGCAACAACUGCGCCGGGAACGUGACAGAAAGUUUGAGGAGCAGCAGCUCCGACGGGAACAGGAGGAGCAGCAGCUGCGCCGCCAGGAGCGCGAGCAACAACUGCGCCGGGAACGUGACAGAAAGUUUGAAGAGGAACAGCAGCUGCGGCGUCAGGAGCGCGAGCAACAACUGCGCCGGGAACGUGACAGAAAGUUUGAAGAGGAACAGCAGCUGCGGCGUCAGGAGGGCGAGCAACAACUGCGACGGGAACCUGACAGAAAGUUUGAGGAGCAGCAGCUCCGACGGGAACAGGAGGAGCAGCAGCUGCGCCGCCAGGAGCGCGAGCAACAACUGCGACGGGAACCUGACAGAAAGUUUGAGGAGCAGCAGCUCCGACGGGAACAGGAGGAGCAGCAGCUGCGCCGCCAGGAGCGCGAGCAACAACUGCGCCAGGAACGUGACAGAAAGUUUGAGGAGGAACAGCAGCUGCGGCGUCAGGAGCGCGAGCAACAACUGCGCCGGGAACGUGACAGAAAUUUCCGCGAGGAGCAGCAGCAACUGCGCCAGGAGCGCGACAGAAAGUUUGAAGAGGAGGAGCAGCUUCUUCGGGAACGGGAGGAGCGGCAACUGAGGCGCCAAGAACGUGACAGAAAGUUUGAGGCGGAGGAGGAGCAGCAGCUGCGCCGCCUGGAGCGCGAGCAACAACUGCGCCGGGAACGUGACAGAAAGUUUGAGGAGCAGCUCCGUCAAGAACAGGAGGAGCAGCAGCUGCGCCGCCAGGACCGCGACAGAAAGUUGGAGGAGGAGGAGGAACAGCUGAGGCGCCAGGAACGCGAACAGCAGGUGCGGGACAGUAAGUUCCAUGAGGAGGAGGAGCAGCUGCGCCGGGAACGUGACAGAAAGUUUGAGGAGGAAGAACAGCAACUGCGCGACAGAAAGUCCCGCGAAGAGCCGCAGCAGCUGCAGCGCGAGGAGAGGGAGGAGCAGUUUGUCCGGGAGAAGAGGCGCCUGCAGGAGGAAGAGCUGCGGCAGGAAGUGCAGGAGCGCGAGAGGAAGUUCCGGGAGGAGCAGCUCCGCCGCCAGGAGGAGGAGGAAGAGGAGAAAGAGCAGAGGCGCCGCCAGUGGGAGAAGAGAUCCCAGGAAGAGCAGCGCAGCGGGCGGCCGCAGUCUGCCCAUGUCCCUGUGCGCUCCAGCCCACUCUACGAGUACAUCCAGGAGCAGAGGUCUCAGUACCGCCCCUGAGAAAGCCUGCCCGGACCCCGGCACCUGCCAAAGCUUCGAGCAAAGAAGAAACAAAGGAACACUGGAUGCCAGAUGGCCCAAAUGUUUCUGGUUAUGGGGAACCUCUCUGAUAUUAGAAUGUCCUCCCCCCCCCCGGCGCCCCCGCCCCCAGAUUCUUAAACUACUCUCAUUUCAUGUACUUUCUACUACCCCCCUUUUGAUCUUCUUCAAGUAAUUCCUUACUUCAGAAUGUCUUUGCUCUUUGGUGCGGAUGUGGUGUGCAUCUAAAAAAAUAAACAAAAACAAAUAAACCAUUAAGUUUGAAAAAAA